CUUCUAUCUCUACUCACACGUUGCAGUACAAUAUUUCCAUCUCAGAUUGUGAUCAUUGAGCAUUCGAAGUAAUACCUACUGACCUGCCAAAGUAACAAAAAAGGACAAUGGCGCCCUUCGAUCUUCGCUCUUUCAAAGGUAUCUUCUUCGACAUCUACGCCACCUUGAUCGACUGGGAAUCCGGCAUCUACCCUCAACUUCUCAAACUCAGUCAAAAGUUGCCGGCCGGUGACCCUCGACGAGACGACACCCCGGAAACCCGCAAGACAUUACUCCAAAUGUACGCCGCCAACGAGAAGAUCGUAGAGCACGAUAACCCGACCCUUGCAUACCCCAAGAUCUUGGAGUCCGUAUACGACAGAAUCGCAGCUGCGUUGGGUGUCCCCGACGCCGCCGACGACGCCGACCGGGUCGCAUUCGGCAAGAGUAUAGGAGAGUGGCCUGCAUUUCCCGACACGGUGGAGGCGAUGAAGGUGCUCGCGAAGCACUACAAGUUGUUCGUGCUGAGUAACGUCGACAACGAAUCCUUUGGGCGAACCCUCGCCGGACCCCUGAAGGGCGUGCAUUGGGAUGGCAUCUACACCGCCGAGCAAAUCGGAUCGUACAAGCCGAACCCGCGCAACUAUGAGUACGUGGUCAACAAGCUCAAGACGGACUUUGGCAUUUCCAAGGACGAGACCUUGAUGGUCGCACAGAACCUGGACAUUGAUCAUGCCUCUGCCAAGGCUCUUGGUUUCAGACCGGCUGUGUGGAUCGCGAGGUAUGCUGGAAAUGCGGCCAUGGGCGGAGACAGGGAGGAACUGGAAGCCAAAGGCCUGAUUGACCUGGGCGCGGCGUAUGAGACUCUGGGUGAGAUGGCUGAAGCGGUUGAGAGGGCGUUUGCCUAGGUAAGGAAGAUUUCAUCGGGCAAGGAUAUCUUGCGUGAUGAUGCCUUGGGUUUGAUGGUGAUAGUGUCAAAGCAAAUGACUAUCCUUCCUCCAAAGACACUUUCAUGUGAUCCAACCACCCCUCGGCUCUUCUGCGACACGGAUUGUUCUCACGAAGAGAGCGUUGGCGCAUUUCCA